GGCAUGAGCUCGGCGCGCUUUGCGGACAAGGUGGAGUUCGAGGACCCCAUAACGCGGUACGACACGCUGGCGGGAUAUCUCUUUAAUAUCCAGAUGCUGCGGUACCUGUUUCACCCCGUCUUCAUUCUCCAAGACACAUACCAGUCCGGCCCAGCGGAGAUCACAACGCGAUGGACGAUGAAGAUGUAUUUUUGGCUACUGCCAUGGCGCCCAGAGGUGGUCUUCACAGGCCUCUCAAUCUACGGCAUCGACCCGCGCUCGCAGCAGUUCAUCAGUCACAGGGACGUGUGGGACUCCAUUCAGGACAACGGCUAUUUUUCCCAGGAAGGACUUCGGGAUUUGGUGAAGCAGAUGAUGACGCUCUACUCGCCGCCCGCCCAGCUCAACUCCCCAAAGUUUGGCGUUCUGCUGCGGAGGGCAAGCUAUGAGGUGAGGGAUUACCCUGCCUACCAAGUCGUUCAGGUCAACUCGCCUGUCCAAUCAACAACGGACAUCUGGCCCCCUGCUCCUGGCACUCCUCCCAGUCCACAAGUGGAAAAGCUGAAGAGGUACUUCCAGGGAGCCAACAGCCAGAGGAAAACUAUUCCCGAGGGCCCCCUCAUGAUCAUCAGCCCUCCAGAGUCUGCCAGGCAGGAUAGAAUAUUAGCUAUUGCCGUACCUCUCGAUGCUGAUGCGCCCACUCCGACCGAUCCUGACCUGACUGUUGCCACAAUGCCACCUGGCGCGUGGACGGCUGCAUCAUUUGGUGGUCUGCCAUUGGUGGAAACAUUCUCGUCAGCAGCUGCUGCUCUGCGGGCUGAUGCCACCUCUGAUGGCUUGUUGUUGGCCUCCAGAGGAGCCGGCUCAGACGGGUCUACAGCUGCCCCGGACAACACUGCGACAGAUGCUGUGAAGGGAGGCACGGGGUUGGGGGGUGCUGCUUCUGCUCUGGUGUCCUACCCAAGUGGGUCUCCCAUUCCGUUCCUCAAGAAACGAAGUGCUCUACAGAUUGGAAAAUUUCUCGUUGGAGUCUGUCGGAAAGCAGAUUUCUUGUAG